AAAGUACUUCACAGUCUCUUCUUCUCUCUCUCUAAUAUCCCAAAAAAAUAUAAACCUAAUUUAUUUAAAAUUAUUGUUACAUUUCUCUUUUCCUUCUCUAUUCACAGUAGAUGCACUUACGGUGUCGUUUUAGUUCUCUUUCCUUGAAUCGUCCUGUUUCUUGAGGUUUUUUGUUGCGAUUCAAUUGGUUUUAGAGUUUUUGAUUAUCGAGUUAAUCGAUUUAGUGUGAUGAGAAAAAUAGUAGUAAUAAUAAGAAAAAGAGGAUGAAAGAUGCCGGUACUGCGUAGCGGAGCACGCAGGGGCCGGGGAGCAGCAGCCUCAGCAGGAAGAAGAGCAAAGCAACAAGAAGAAGACCAGGGUAUCGCUACAAGAACACGAAGAAGACGUGCAGCAGCAGCAGCAGCAGCCACUGGUGCUGCACUGCCUAAUACUAAAAAUAAGGAUAAAGAUAAAGAGGAGGACCAGCAAUUGCAGCAACAGCAACAGGUAGUACAAGAAAAUAUAAUUGUUGCUGCUGAAGCAGCGGCGGAGAUUAAUCAGAACAACAACAAUAAUAAGGAGGAGGAAAAAGAAGAGGAAGUUGGAGAGAAGGAGAUGGAUGGGUAUGAAGAUAAUGAUAGCGGCGGUGCCGAGAGUAAAGAUAAUGAAGCCAAUGCUGCUGAUGAUGAGGGGCUUCCUGCUCCUUUACCGGACAAGGUUCAGGUUGGUGGUUCCCCACUGUACAAAGUAGAGAAAAAGUUAGGCAAGGGUGGCUUUGGUCAAGUGUAUGUUGGUCGACGUGUUUCUCCUACUAAUACAAAUGAUAGAACUGGCCCUGGAGCUGUAGAGGUGGCCUUAAAAUUUGAGCACAGAAGCAGUAAAGGAUGUAAUUAUGGACCGCCACAUGAGUGGCAAGUUUACAGCUUUCUUGGGGGCAGCCAUGGUAUACCACGAGUACACUACAAGGGUAGGCAAGGUGACUAUUAUGUCAUGGUUAUGGACAUACUGGGUCCGAGCUUGUGGGAUGUCUGGAAUAGUAAAUCUCAGUCAAUGUCAGUUGAAAUGGUUGUCUGUAUUGCUAUUGAAGCAAUAUCCAUAUUGGAGAAGAUGCACUCUAGAGGUUAUGUCCAUGGAGAUGUAAAGCCGGAGAAUUUUCUGCUUGGAUCUCCAGGAACUCCUGAUGAGAAAAAGUUGUUUCUUGUUGAUCUUGGAUUAGCUACCAGAUGGCGAGAUACUUCAACUGGUCUGCAUGUUGAGUAUGACCAAAGGCCUGAUGUCUUCAGAGGAACAGUCCGUUAUGCUAGUGUGCAUGCCCAUUUAGGGAGAACAGCCAGUAGGAGAGAUGAUCUGGAAUCUCUUGCCUACACCCUGAUUUUCCUUCUAAAAGGUCGUUUACCUUGGCAGGGGUACCAGGGAGAGAAUAAAGGGUUUCUUGUUUGUAAGAAAAAGAUGGCAACAUCCCCGGAGGCCCUGUGUUGCUUCUGUCCACAGCCUUUCCGACGGUUUGUUGAAUAUGUGGUAAACUUAAAGUUCAAUGAAGUGCCUAAUUAUGCAAAGUGCAUCUCCCUUAUUGAUGGGAUCCUUUGUCUAAGUCCAGAUAUCAGGCCAAUUAACACAGAGGGUGCUGAAAAGCUUAUUGGUCAUAAGAGAGGCCGAUUGUUUAUGGAAGAUGAUGAAGAGGAAGAGGAAGAUGAACAACCAAAGAAGAAGGUUCGUAUGGGCAUGGCAGCAACGCAAUGGAUUAGUGUGUACAAUGCUCGUAAACCUAUGAAGCAAAGGUAUCACUAUAACGUGACUGAUGCAAGGCUUGCCCAGCACAUUGAAAAGGGAAAUGAGGAUGGCCUGUUUAUUAGCAGUGUAGCUUCAUCUCAAAAUCUCUGGGCGCUGAUUAUGGAUGCCGGUACUAGUUACACUGCUCAAAUCUAUGAACUAUCCCCACAUUUUCUUCACAAGGAAUGGAUUAUGGAGCACUGGGAGAAGAAUUAUUAUAUCAGUGCAAUAGCUGGAGCUGCUAAUGGAAGUUCCUUAGUUGUAAUGUCUAAGGGUACUCUGUAUUUGCAACAGUCUUAUAAAGUUAGCGAAUCAUUUCCUUUCAAAUGGAUUAACAAAAAGUGGAAAGAGGGCUUCUGUGUUACUGCAAUGGCUACCUCAGGGAGUAGAUGGGGAGUUGUCAUGUCUCGUGGAUCAGGGUUUGCACGCCAGGUUGUUGAACUUGAUUUCCUUUAUCCAAGUGAAGGCAUACAUCGUCGGUGGGAUCAUGGCUAUCGUAUUACGGCGACUGCAGCAACUUCGGACCAGGCUGCUUUUGUUCUUAGCGUUCCAAGAAGGAAACCUCAAGAUGAAACGCAGGAGACGCUUCGAACUUCUGCUUUUCCUAGCACCCAUGUCAAGGAGAAAUGGGCAAAGAAUCUAUAUAUUGCGUCGAUUUGUUAUGGUCGAACAGUCUCUUGAGCUACCUCUCUCUUUGUCUGUGUAAUCAUCUGGUUGAGAAGAGAAAAGCUUCGGUUUUCUGAAGUGGCAUUACCUAGAUUAGAGAAAUUUUGACGAGUAUAUAGGUUUCACUCAAUUGUAAUCACAAUAUGGAAGCUUUCACUUGUGCCUGUCAUUUUUGAACUGUCUUCUGGAAGUGUAUGAUUAGCCAAAGCUCAAAGGAUGAUAGGCAUCUUUGCUAAACUUUUUUGUACAGUCUUUGGAUAAUAACUCUUUUAAGUAGGA